AUGAGCUUUCAUCUGCUUCAAAUCGCUGCUCUCCUGGUACAAAUUGAUGCGCAGGAAGCGAAUUCUGUGGUCACUAGUAUUGCAGGUGGUUUGUGCGCACAGAAACGGUUUUUGAAGGAAUCAUCGAGGCGUGUCAAAAUACAAAACACGUGCUUCGAGCAAAACAUGCUAGACGAGUUUAAGGCUUAUCGAGAUGUAGAAGAGAAAUACCUGGUGCUGACGCAAGAAGCACAAGGACGUGAGACAAACCAGACAAAAAUUACGCGUAAAAUAACAUCGGAGAAAGUUUACCCAAAUUAUAAUUGGAGCUGUGAAUCAAGCGGCGGGUGA